AUGACCUCCACAGUGUACCUCGCUCUUAUUCAAACACGAGCCGCCUUCCUCAACCAAAUGCUCGAUGCCCUACAAUAUCCUGACAUUGAGGCACUAAUGGCCUCUGAUGAUCCUGACACUGCCUUUCGAUCACAACUCCUCGUGGUCGAAGCAAACAUUCGCAAACUCAGUCGUUCCAUCACUCAAAUUGACGACACUCACGCUGCUUGGAUCGCUGCUAUUCAACAACUUCGACCCGCUGAACGCACGGGCGAAGCCGACAGCUACCGAGACGCAACCACAACCUCGGAUAGCUUCUUAUUCGUUCUGGAACGCGCUCACAACGCUCUCGAUGACCUGCACACCGCAAAACUCAAUCUCGAACUCAGAAUCGGACGUUCAACCUCGCCUGCUGGCAGCGUUCCAUCCGGAAGUGUACCAGUCAAUACAAACGAUCAAUCCGGCAGUGUACCAGUGAACACAAACGACCAAUCCAGAAGUGUACCAGUCAAUACAAACGACCGCAUCCCGAUGCAGCCGAACAACCACCUUAUCAAUCUACCGAAGCUACAAAUCGCUAAAUUCGACGGUGACUACCGUAGAUGGCCACAAUUCUGGGCGACAUUCGAGCAUGCCAUCGACACACAGCCAAUCACCGACGUCGAAAAGGUAGCUUAUUUGUUAUCUUAUCUAGAAGGAAGAGCCCUUGAGGCAGUCGCGGGCUACACGGUAGCCCCAGAGCAUUACGAGUCAAUCAAGCAAACACUACGGGAAAAGUUUGGUCGGCCACAAACACUACUGAAGGAACUGUAUGCGGAACUACAAGAGAUGCCGUCUUCGAAAAAAGACAACAGAGAUCUGGCUGAGUACGUAACAAAUAUCGAACGUGUC